AUGGUACAGAAACACGUUCGCAACUGCAUCCGAUGCUUCAAAGUCCAUCCUCGCUCCGAAAGUCAGUUGAUGGGUCAAUUGACUGCCGUCCGCAUUACUCCGGCCAGAGCAUUUUUAAACACCGGAGUGGACUUCUGCGGUCCUCUGCAACUGAAGGUCUCCGUGAGAAGCAAAUCAGCGUCGCCAAUCAAAGGCUAUGUAGCCGUAUUCGUGUGCAUGGCAACAAAGGCGGUUCAUUUGGAAUUAGCAAGUGAUCUCACAUCAGAAAGCUUCAUCGCUGCCUUGAAGCGUUUCGUCGCACGACGUGGGUUGCCUGUAAAUAUUUAUUGCGAUAAUGGUACCAAUUUUACAGGAGCCGAGAGGGAACUGCGAACGCUAUUGAAGCAAUUCAAACAGCAACAACAGUUAACAGUAUUCUGCGCAGAAACAACCAUUGACUUCCACUUCAUACCAGCACGAUCUCCAACAUUCGGCGGCUUAUGGGAAGCGGCAGUGAGGUCGCUGAAACAUCACCUGCGUAGAGUCGUCGCCCUCGAGGUCAUCACAGCUGAAGCCAUGCAGACGGUGCUCUGUCAGAUCGAAAGUUGCCUGAAUUUUCGUCCGUUGACAGCACUCUCCGAAAACCCUAAUGAUCUGGAAGCACUCACCCCGGGACAUUUUUUGGUUGGAUCGGCGCUCCAAUCAAUCCCGGAACCCGACCUUGCCGAAAUUCCCGCCAAUCGUCUGUCGAUGUGGCAAGCCAUGCAGCGCAAGACUCAAGACUUUUGGAAGUUGUGGUCCAAGGAUUAUCUGCACCAGCUUCAACAACGCACAAAACAUUUCUUCAAGCGUCCCAACAUCCUGGUUGGAAUGCUGGUGCUGAUCAAGGAGGACAACCUGCCGCCGCUGAAGUGGAGUGUAGCUCGCAUCACCGCCGUACAUCCUGGUACCGACGGCCUGGUACGUGUUGUAACUGUCAGAGUGCCAUCCGGCGCAAUCUACGAUCGCCCUGUGGUUAAGGUCUGCAUCCUCCCGAUCGAUGUGUCAUCCACGGGACCAUCCGGAAUAGAACCGAGAUCACCAGCAACAGCCGAGCAUCCUGAGACUCCUUGA